AACAUGCUUUUUACUGCAUCUUGACUAAACUCCAAAGGAAAAACAGAAAACCAAGGAUUGGAGAUACAUCUGGUUUUAUUUGAUCUUUUUUAGCAUUUCCAUCUGAUUUACUUCAGCUUUUACUCUGUAAAAAAAAAUCCCACAUCAGAAAAAUAAUACUUUUUAGUUUUGUUUUAGUUUUCAGCACCAGCAGCCAUGUACAGCUCCAGCUACUCCCGUGCCAAACUUGGCCCGGAGUCCAGACAGCCACUGUAUAGGAACAAAGGAAAGAGCUGCGGCUACUACAUGAGGAUUGUUUUUUUCUUUUCAUCCCUCAUCCAAUCUCUCAUUAUCGUCAGCCUUGUGCUCUUCCUCAUCUAUGGACAGCCAGAAAAGUCUGCAGAGGAGAAACGAGUCGAGGAACUGGAGCAAGGCUUUAAUAAGCUAAACGUGAACAACUUUGAACUGAAGAAGGAGAAAGCUGAGCUCGAAGCUAAGCUGGCUGCUCAGAAAGCUGAGAAAGCUGCUCUAGAGAAACAGAUGGCAAAACAGCUAAACGAAACUACCAAAGUAGAAAACGAGCUCAAGAAAAAGAUUACAACCCUUCAAAAUACAGUGACUUUGCUGCAGCGUCCAACUCGUACUUUCAUCCCGCCCCCACCACCUCCCCCGGUCACAAAUAACAAUCAAGGAAUUCUAAAAGCAACCAUCUCUGAAAAGGAAAAAUUAAUAGCCCUUGUUAAAUCAAACUUCACUCAGACGGUUCAGUAUCUGAGUCACGAGAGGGACAGGGCCCUCCGAGAACGAGACAUCCACAUCGAGGAAGCCAUCAACCUCCGCAGAGAUAACAACCUCCUGAGGGAACAGAUAAAUAUCUAUACCAGGAAAUGCAAAGAAGACUUUGCUCAGUCUCUGGAUGGGAUCCAGUCGGUGACCACCAAGUUUUUGAAUCAGAUCCACAACAUGUUCCCUCACUCGCAGACGUUCCACCUCUCCUGCCAAAGCCAGAGGGAGCAGCUGGAGAAGAUCCGAAGCAGCUGCACCAACCUGUCCAGGGAUGUGGAGAGCAAGUUCCAACUCUAUCUGGACAAUGUGGGCAACAAGGUGGUGGAGAUUCAGGGUCUCUCUAGUAAGCUGGAGGCGCACAACUCAUACCUGACCUCCAGCCUGGAGCAGUGUGAAAAAAAGCACAAAGAAGCGGUCGCCAAGGCUGCCAGCGACUUAGAGCUCAAGCAAAAGGCUCAUGAUGACAAGGUAGAGCAAAUACUGAUUGAGAAGAAACGACUGAGCGAGCAGAAGACACUGCUGGAUGAAAAACUGGCCCUGAGAGAGAAAGAGAUUCAGAUGCUGAAGGAAUCGAUGCCCAAGACUGGUCCACUAACCGCUGCUUCGCCGCAGAGUGUGCCUCAGCAGGGGAGACCGGCUGCAGCGAACUGGCCGGUCAACGGCUCAGCUGGAGUCAGUAAUGCUCCAAUUGUUGGUUGAAAGGAGCCAUCCGUCCAUCCACUACCUGCUCCAUCCACCUCUGGCACAGAAACAGACUCCAGUUCUAAUGUACAUCCUUCAUCUCUUAAUGAACAUGUUUAUAGAACAAUUUGCAAACCCUUGGGGAAACCUGUUAAUAGCUAAUGUAACGCAUCCACCUAUGGUUUUAGGGUUUUAAGAAUAAGAACACAAUUAAAACAAUCUGAAUUUCACCAGGUCGUAAAGUUAUUUCAGGCUUACUUUAAAGGUACAUAAAAUGUAAGAAAUUCCACAUAAAACAAAACCAAGCAGAAAUAGAAAAGCUUUGUGUUUCUGUUGCAUGUAAGAGGAGAAGGUUAGCAGCCAGGUGUUUCUAACUGAUUAUCUGCAAGUACAGUCUCUUUUCUGAAGGGCAGGACUUCUACCUGACUGCUGUGUUCAGGUAUAAAUUUAUUUGAUUAAAAAAUUUAAAGUUUUAAGAGCAGUAGGAUUAAAGAAGCAGAUAUCAGACUAGAAAAAGCUAGAAAAGUAUUUUGAACAUAGUUGAAAUAAUUUCUUCUAAUGCACCACGAGACUCCAAAUUUACAUAUUCAAUGUAAAUUUUAAGAUGGGACAACUUUGCUUUUCUGUACGGAUGAAAAGAGGCAAUGCUGCACAGCACCACGUCAGGCCUGGAGGUGGAGUGGUAAUGGUAAACAGUUGUACUUGGAUGGUGCUUUAUUAAGUCCCAGAAAGCUAAAGAGCUUUGAGCCACAACCAGUGUGGAAAGCAAGUGAAAAGCAAGUAAAAAGUUCUUGCCAAGGACACAACCACUGAGACGGGUUACAGGAUGAGCUCUUCCUGUGCCCGUGGAGCCUUCAAUGAUUUGGCCUGUAACGCUUCCACCAGAAUUGAGCACAUUGCAGCAGAAUCAAAGAUGGACCUGUGUGUCCAGCAGCAGCAUUGAAAAAUAGCACAAAAUUGCUCUUAGAAGCUGUGAAGUGAGGGCAGCUAAAGGUGGCUCUAAAAGCUACUGCAUCAUGAGGUGCAUUCCGUGCAUUCUCUUACCCCCAACAUUUUCUUCUUUAUCAUAUGGCUUCAUAUAUUUAUCCGUAGAUACUUCAAAUCUGAAUUACUUUAUUGAGAGCAUUUAGGGUUUAAGUAAAAAAAAAAAAAGUGAACCUGGUAAAUAUUAAAUUCUUAUUGUUUUACAAUACUUAAAACCAAACAAGUGUGCUCUGGUUUCCUUUUCUCACAUGUCUGCUGUAUUAAUGUCACCCUUUCAAUAUGUAAAGAACAAAAAACUGAGUGACACAUGUGUAAAUAUUUUUUUUUGAGUGUCGCUCACAGACUAAAAAUGGCCUCUGACUCACUCUGAAACAUUAUUGUCCUCUUAUUGUCUGAGCAGCAGUAAAAAUGUAGACCAGGAUACAGACAGCAGCUAAUCUUGCCUGCUAUAAGCUAAAAUAGCCACAUUUAUGUUUCCUCUUGACUCAUGGAUUAUACCACAACCUGCCUGCAACAGUACAGACGUAAACACAUCAUCAAAUCUGCAGCCGGUGGCUCUGCUUCUAAUUUUAGUGUUUAUGGUGGGCUUAAAAAAGGGUUGAAACUAUUAAGCACCCAUUUUAUGGCUAAUUUUAUAGUUUAAGUAACUAAUAUAGGAACCAUUCUCUAGCUUUACAGCUUCCUUUUCCUUCCAGAAGCAAAGUGUACAUUGGUUUCUGUGACUGGAAACAGAUGCAGGUCUUUUUUACGAUUAUUAGGGGCUCAUUCUGGUACACAUGAAGAAGGAAGGGGAAAAUAUAGAAACAUCGUAAAAAGGAAACUGUACUUAUGUUCAGGAUCAGGUGGAGAUAUAAAGACUGUAAAUAUUGUACAGAUGAUCAUUUCACGCUGCAGAUUUUUCUUGAUUAAAAUCAUGUUUUUUAUUCUGAAAUUGUUUUUUUCCUCCUACUAACAUAUAUAAAUGUAUACAAAUUGAAAUAUCUAGCACACAAUGUGAUGUAAUGUUGUUAACUUGCGUGAUAGCAUUAAACCGAUGUAUUAAUGUGAAACUUGAUUUUAAACAGCUUGACUUCUCCUAAAUAUGUAAAUGUAGAUGUGUCUGUAACUUGUUUGUGCUUGUAACUGUGAUAUUAUUGUUAAAUAAUUAAAAUAACUUUAUUCAGUCAAAAGUCAAA